CAAGACAAUGUCGAAGAGGAAGACCAACUUUUACAUAUAUUUUUUACCAUUACCAUGUAGUUGUAGGUGCAUGCGCUACGGCUACAUGUUGUUAUUGAUGUUUUUUAUCUUUAAUCUUUCAUCUUCCACUUUUUCUUCUAGUUCUACUUCAAUGCACAUUGAGUUUGAAUGUUCAUUGCCUCUUUGCCCUUACUUUAUGCAUCAUUCAUUAUGAUCAUCCUCAUCGUCAUCGACAUCCUCAAAAUCAAAAUCUAAAACAGUAGUUGUAGCACAAAGAGAAAAUCUAAAAACAAAACAUAUAAUUAUACCUGAUCCUCUCCAAAAUGGACGGCGAGAUGGAUUCGAAUUUCGCCCUUUGGGACGAAACCAAUGGCGAGAAAUGGGAAGGCGAUUUGAAUACUGGCGGAGGUGAGUUUUCAACCCACCAAUCGGGUGCGUUAGAGCUGUUAGCGCAACGAGGAGACGUCUUAUUCGGCAAUGAUGAUCUUAUCGAUCGUCAGGCUGAUUUCCUCGGCCAAGGCAAUACCUACGAGGGAACAGUUCUCAACGCGAAGCAACAGGACGAGUUCAUCAAGAAGUUCGCCUCCAAGUUAUUCGACACGCAAAUGCCACCAGAUCUGCGAGAAGAGGUACUGGAAUCUUCUUCAGUUAGAGCUAUAGGUAGAGGAUUUGUUCCACAUAUUCAUACUAUCCUGGAUAAUUACCAUUGAUUUUACUUUUAGUUUUACUUUUAGAUUUUUUAACUAAAAUUUACUUUUAGCUUUACGGCCUUGACCUUGUUGCCUAUACCUACCCUCUACCUCAGGUUCUUUCCAUUGCUAGGACAACAAACCCACCUUACAAUAUCCGCGAGACACGCUCGCUGGCUGCCUCAAUCAUCAAGCAGAUGGUUGAGGCAGACAAUGGAGGACUUCCAUUCAAGAAACCUGGCAAUAUAGCGGCGCUCCUCGACGCCAUGAAGAACAACACCCUAGAGGAUUCCCAUGCAACUGCUCUAUUGUACUAAGCUUUUCUUUCACUUUCCAAAGUGUAUAAGUACAACUACAACUGCUAGGACUAGACUAGAUGUAGAUGUAGAUGUAGAAUUGGGAUUCAAUUCAAACUACAAGUAUAAGAAACCUACUUCAUACUUCUUAAUCUUCCUUCCCUAUUUCAUUUCUAUCAUCCUGUCCCAUAACGAUAACAGGCAGCUGACUCCGCUCCUCGAACCUUUGAACAAGAAGUCCUCCGCUCACUCCGGUGCGAGAUCCAAGGACGCCGCAGCGAAGUUGUCCAUUUGCGUCGACACUCAUGAGGAGCGGCUCAGGAUUAAUCAACCUGAAAUCAACGCUAUGAAGCUGCAAGACCGACCGUUCACCAACAUCAUGAACACCUUCACUGUUUUCUUCCUAACGCUCUGGAAGUCGUUUCAUUUCCAGACGAUUGAGGAAGCAAUGAAGUGGUACUCUUUUCCCUUAGCCUUAUGCUUAUCUAAUCUAAAUUCUAAAUGUGAAUCACGACGGCGACACCAUGUUGCUGUGUAUCUGUAUCUGUAACUGUGUGGGUAUUUACAUUUAAUAUGAGUAUAGCUAUAGCUAAAGCUAUAGCAUACUAUCCCAUUCCGUAACUUAUCCGACGGCAAUUCCAAAUCCAUUGCUUCUGCAGGUGCGAAAUGAACCAGCGUUUGCUCAACAAGUUCUGUAUGGACGUGCCUCCCAACAUUAAGAACCAGAAGCAGCUGCAGAAGGAAAACAAGGCCCUCCGUCUUCUAGGAUGUUACUUGGUCAAGCAGAUCGCCACUCAUCGCGAUUUGCCGGACAAAUAUGCAGGAUUAAAAAGCGCCAUUGAAACAAAUAAACUUGGCAUGUUACGCCGCGCGGCGUUAGAGCCGCUUCUGCCAGGUACACCUAAAACUUUUAGUUUUCGUUUUUAUUUUUAGAAAAUGAAAAUACUCCAAUACAUCUUCUAGGUCUAGUCGUAGCUCUAUUUCUACUAGUAGAAGUAGUACGUAGUACAAGUUUAAGUACUGAGUUCAGAGUUGAAGCUGAAGAAUUUAGAUUUUUUAGAUCUACUUAUAGAUUUAGAUUUAGGUAUACAAUAUACUUAUACAUAUAGAUAUAGAUGUACGCACUGUCUACCACACCAAACGCAAACACAGUUUUUCUCGAAUGGGAAACACGUGCGUCCAGAGAAUGCGCGAUCAAGUUAAGUGGAGUUUCUAGCUGAGCGCCAUCUUUUUCCCCGAUAGGAAGCCCCUAGUAUAGGUCCCUCAGCUAUUUUCUAUAAGUAAAACUUACUCUCCGGUCAGGAUUACGAUUGAAAUUAGUUAGACUUAGAGACUGACUCCUCAACGUCAAUAACAAUUACAAUACUCCUUAACAGCAUAACAAUAUCAAUAGCAGCUCCUCCCCCUCACGCACCUCUAAAUUUCUGCUUGCGCGCCGUGAUGCAAGUCAUGUUGUACUUCGUUCACUUCAAGUCGCUGUCCACGAUUAUCGACAUGUUCAACGCUGGCCACAUGCACGCUCUGUCCGCUCGUAGAACAGCGAUCAAGAAGAAGACAGACAGUCUUCAGAAGCAGCUGCAACUACAAGAAGCGAAUCCUGAAGGCGAAGGCGGCAUCAACAUCAAGAGAGAGUCCGGCGGAAGCGACGGCAUGGUGCAUCCUCGUAACCUUCAAGACGAGCUCAGCAUGCCUACUCCCCGCGACAACAUGCUGUAUCCUGCCAAUACGCCGCCUGAUGACUCCUCUGCUGUACUGCAAGGAGCGGCUAAGCGCUACGCGCCAUCGCCUUCCGGUGUUGGUCCAGAAGCAAAACGUCAAGACUGUAAUCCGUCUCCGGAACGUCAGGCACAGCUGGACGCUGCAAUGAAGGCAGGAACCGCGCUGCAGAACGCAACAUGCACAACCAUGAAAGAAGCACAAAAGCUUCUGGGCACCAAGAAGGCGCAGAAGCACUUCGAGCAAACAACUCGUGAACUGCAAGGACAAGCUGACCUAGAGCCAGAAGAUGUUUACUUGCAGGGAUUGGACCGCCAGAAAGCCGCUGCCGAUGAAGAUCAAGAUGAAGACUCUGACGUUGAAGAAGAACCUGUAGCGCCACAGCUCUGCGAGGUCAAGAUGAUCGACGUUACCGAUGAGGUUGGGCAAGCGACGCAGCCACGGGUAAAGGUAGUACCCAUGCGAACGACAAACGAUCCUAUCAGAGUGGCCAACCACCAGGAGUUCAAUCUCAUCACACCAGAAGAAAUGGAUAAGAUUCUCCUUGAGCGAGAUCUUUUCACCGACAUCAAAAAUGGCACAGCAGCAGCUUCUACUACAACAACGACUACUACUACCACUACUUCGAACAAGAAGCAGAAGUGGAAUUACAGCAUGGGAGGUUCCCGCAACCAGGACUACCACUCCGCUGCAGUCCCGCACCUGAUCACCAUUGCGUCUGAAUCCGUCUACUAUCUCGUCGGCAGUGCUCUAGAUCUGGAUCCGUUUAAGAUGACUGCUUCCACCAUGAUGGCGAUGCAGGAAAGAAUGGAGAAAAACAGAAUCGCACUAGUAGAAGCGAAAGAGAAGAAAAAGCGCGAAGAUGAAGCAUCUGUAAGCUUCUCAACUUCAGGCGGUGAUGGUCCUAGUGCCGUGACACCUUCAGACCUAUUGUCCUCCAACUCGAAAGAAGAUGAAGUUGAUCUCUUCCUCCACAAAGCGUUGUCCGAUGAACGCCGAGCUAGUAGUGAAUCAGCCGCAACAGCUAACCGCAAAUCCAGCAUCAAGAUCAAGCAAGAACUUCUGUCCAGUAACAAAGACGCGUCUACUAGUCAGUGUCAGGCUGGUUUAGAAGAACAAGAAGAUGGGCCCAACGCUGAGUUUCCGUUUGGUGGUGCAGAUGAACCUGGAAUCGAUAGCACUCCUGGUCCGCUAAUCAGCUCACCGAAAGAGUACCAGGGACGCAUCUACAAGCCGGCCGCUUCUGUCGUCAGGAUGGCUAUCAUGGGCGCUGAUGAACUCCGCAAAGAAAACUACCAAAAGAUGAUGAAACUGGACAUCAAGAAAAACAAAGCAACUUCGUCCACAGUACUACUUUUGAUUUUCAUUUUGUUUUUGUGAUAAUUAUAAUUUAGAUUUUUUAGAUAAUUUAGAUUUUUCAGAUAACUAAUUAUAAUUUUAGUUUUAGUCUAUGUCUAAAUCUAAAACUUUUAGAAAAUCAAAAUAGAAAUGGAGUAGUACAAUUACGAGUGCGAGUAGUUGUGCUUGUACUUGUAGUUGUAGCACUAGUAGAUAUAGAUAUACUCAUAUGACAUAGAUAUAGAUAUGGUAUACCCACGCCUUUACAUAGCUACACCUUUACCUAUAGCUCUUGACUAUGAUAAUCCAACAUCCCAUAACAACACAGCAGGCCCCUUUGGCUUACCACCCGGAACGACAGUUGCUUACGGAUGAGCACCAUUCUGAAAUUCCCGCAGCUCUUGAAUAUCGUGACGCCGACGAGUGUCCCUACUACCUUCCAGUCCAGUUGCUUAAGGCCAAACCGCAAUCCUCCUCUCGUUCUCGUUCUGGUUCACGUUCUCGCUCUCCAGUAAUUAGAAAUAGAAUUGACCUUAAGCUCGCAACUUAAUGCUGAUUACUUUUACUAUACUUUUGCCGAUGUGCGUGUGCAUGUAGUUGUAGGAGCAUCCCCUUCCCCUUCCCUAACGCCUUCUAAUAUUCGCAGCAGGGUCAUUGGCGGGUUCAAAAUUGAUUUAUCUCUCGCCGAGUGGAUGCCAUUUAUCAUGGGAUUUGAGGCCGCCGAAACCUGUCGUCCGCUACUCUAUGUACUACCUCUUUCUCUCGUUGUACUACCUACAGCUACUAGCUCGUGUUGAUGUUGGUGUUCGUGUUGGUGUUGGCAACACCAUGACAUUGACAUAGACGUGUCGACUUAGAUUCUAAAUGAGUAGCUUCUAACUUUCUCUCUCUCAAGUAGAACUAGAAGCACCACUACGCACUAUGAGUAUGGCGAUGGCCUAUGACUAUAAGUAUGAUGUUGUUCUAGUUCUAGAUGAUCUUAACUUUUCUUCGACUCUUCUAUUUCUUGUCCUUCCUCUUCCCUUUCAGAUUCGGCACGGCACGAUCAACCGUAUCGUCGCCGCAAAAAUUCAUCCCAACGUCGAGAUUGGAUUUCCUGAACAAGAAUCCUUACUGGAGGCUGCUCGCAACUUGGCCGCUUUUUCCAGAUCCCUCACCAGUUGGCCAUUGGAAACGUGUACCAAAUUCCCGAACUCUUGUCUCGACCUUAAGAGCUUGAAGAGUUUCAAAUUAGAGAUAAAGAGAAGGACGAAGUUAAUGUUAAAAAGUAGGAAAGCUACUACUUCUGUUGCGCCUCUCAAUCUCAAUCCUCAAGCUCAGCCUCAAGCUCAAUGUCAAACAUAAUCUAAAACUUUUUCUCUUGCUCUUCUAAUUCUCGCUUCGCACUGAAAUGGGGCGUGCUCGCGGGUGGUUUACCGUUAACACGUGCAGUCUUAACGCAGCGGGAGAUUGUCGAUUAUUUCUUAACUUCCGACGAGUUGAAAUCUGACCUGCGUCAGCCGUUUGCCUGUCUUGAUCAGCUGAGUUUGACGGCGAAAAAGGACCCCCUUGACUGGCAGAUCUUGGACUGGUUCAAGCAGUGCGGACAGCUGAAAAUCGAAGAGCUCGCGCAACAUUAUAGAAAGGGUAAUACUGAUAUCUGAUGACGAUCCUGAUCGUGAUCGUGAUUGUGAAAUCUAAAAAAUCUAAAGACUUAACUUGAUCUACUUCUACUUAGACAUGUGCAAGUACUUGUACUUCUAGAACUACAAGUAUCUACUAUCACACUGCUAGUGCUACCUCUUGCUCUUCUGCGAUCAUACUAAUCGUAAUCUUAAUCAUCAGACGCAGCCGCGAAGAAGCUAAAAGGCAAGGCUGCUAAAAUCGUGGCAGCUCGAGACAUCACGAUUAUCCGCCUGGAUGCAGCCACUACACUAUCGAAAGGAAUCAUCGCCAUGGCUAACGCCACUGCUAAGAGUACUGCCGCCGACUACAACUUUCCGGGCCAGGUCGCGGACAGCGUGAGAAAAGUGCAGAACUUAAAGGAAGAAAUUACACGAUCAACAUCGCCUUAUCGUGGACAGUUAUGAAUCACCCAGUCUCAAACACAAAUCGACUCGAAAGUCCUAAAGUCUAAAUGUCACUUGGCUUGUGCUUGUAGUUGUACUUGUAGACGUACUAGUCCUUGUAGUAGACAGUAAGAAGUAGCUCUACUAGUACGAGUUAUCAUUGUCAUUUAUAGUUACAUUACUAACUAAGUCUAAGUGUAUCUGUGACUGUGUGUAUAAGUAUAACUAUAACUAUAAGUAUAUGUAUAAGUAUAAGUAUACGAUCUAAAUGUUUAAGUUGUCCUUGUCAUCACGAUCACCUUCUAAUUUUGGUUCUGGCGGAAGUGGACGCAAAUGAAAAUUAUGGCAUUCACACGCAGCGCGUGUCUCACACCCCACAAAUGCUUCUACCUCUACAUACUCAUACUCAUCCGCUGCACUACUCCUAGUUCUCGCGCUAUAGUAACCGCAAUGCAGUUUCCAAUUGUCUACAUCGAUACUCCUGCAGAUGGGAGUACGAGUAAUGGCGCUAUAGCCUAUGAGUAUGUGUAUGAGACGCUACUAGUAAAUACUUUCCCACUCUCUAACGAUUAACGAUGCACAACUACAGAAAGAUCAACUUCGAGUAUCUGGCGGGAGGAAUUGAGAAAAUGGAGGCGUUGCGAAAGGAGGUGGCCCAGAUUGUCCCGAUCCAAGGAAUCAUGGGAGGACAGAGACUGGCCAACAAUAACAGUUUAUGGCUUGUGGUUGUGUGGGUGUGCUAGAUGUAUUCGAAACUUUGACUUGUACUAAGUACGACUCCUGAUGAUGUAACAGACACAAACUCUGAAAUACUAGGACAAGAACAAGUCCUAAAAGGACUACUUCAACUUGAACUACUACAAAGUAUAGUAUCCCACUGACUCUGACACGCCUUUCCAUAAAACGUCCUGCUAUCCCCACCUUCAUUAUGCCUCACGCGACUUCGCCACCUGUAUCCGAAUUUCGAUUAUGGCCACCAGCGCCACCAGUUCCAGUUAAAUCCUCAGUAUCAGUUUCAGUUCCAGUGCAGCUGCAGACGCAGUCCAGUUGAACUGUGACCAGUUCCAGUUGCAGUUCCAGUUCUAGUUCAGUUCCAGUUCUUCCAGUUGAACAAUUAUAAUUAGUUUUUUUAGAUUUCCAAAUAUAAUCAAGAAAAUGGAAAUCUAAAUUCUAAAAAUAAAAUCAAGUUUCCACUUAUUUCUACUGCAGGGCCUAUACAGCUUCCACUUCCUCACCUUUCUAACUUCCGAUUUCCUUACAUCAAACUGCAACAACGGCUCAGGGACAAAUGAAUCAGCGAUCCCACUUCGCGAAACACGUAGCGGAACAGCGCAACAACAUCCUGGACGGCACCGCAAUUCAGUCUGCAGCUCCGGGUGAGGUAUGCACCCCACCAGCGCAAGGUGGCAAGGCGCCGGGCGAGGAAGGCUCCUCGCCAGAAGAGGAGGCCGAUGACCUCUACUAA